CGCCCGCUGACGUCACGCCGCGGUGAAGAUGGCGGCGGGCCCGGGUCGGUGGCUGUGAGCGCCCCGGGCCCGCCAACAUGAGCUGCUCGGCGGACGCCGUGAAGGACAAGCUGCUGUGGAACGUGAAGAAGGAGGUAAAGCAGAUCAUGGAAGAAGCUGUCACCAGGAAAUUUGUACAUGAAGACAGCAGUCACAUCAUCGCCUUAUGUGGUGUGGUGGAGGCAUGUCUGCUGCACAUGCUGAAGCGCAGGGCUGCCGGAUUCCUGCGCACCGACAAAGUGGCCGCACUCUUCACCAAGGUGGGCAAGAGCUGUGCCAUYGCUGGAGAGGUGUGCAAGAAGGUGCAGGAGCUGCAGCAGCAGGUGGAGAGCAGGAAAAAUCAGCCAAAUGGGCAGGAACCCCUCAAAAGGCAGGGAUCYACCACAAGUAAAACACCAGUCCUGACACCUCAGGCCAUCAAACACAUCUGGGUUCGGACAGCCUUGAUUGAGAAGGUGCUGGACAAGAUUGUGCAGUACAUUGUGGAUAACUGCAGUAAAUAUUAUGAAAAGGAAGCUUUACUGGCAGAUCCUGUUUGUGGCCCAAUACUGGCUUCUCUGUUAGUUGGACCGUGUGCUCUGGAGUACACCAAGCUGAAGACAGCUGACCAUUACUGGACAGACCCUUCUGCUGAUGAGCUGGUGCAGAGGCACCGCAUCCACGGCGCCCACGGCCGCCAGGACUCGCCCUCCAAGCGCCCAGCCCUGGGAAUCCGGAAGCGCCAUUCCAGCGGCAGCACGUCAGAGGAUCGCUUUGCUGCUUCAGCCCGGGAGUACGUGGAGUCCCUGCACCAGAAYUCCCGGACACACCUUCUCUACGGCAAAAACAACGUCCUGGUGCAGCCGAAAGAUGACUUGGAGGCAAUCCCUGGGUAUCUCUCCCUUCAUCAGUCAGCAGAUAGUUUGACAUUAAAAUGGACUCCAAACCAGCUGAUGAAUGGUACCCUUGGAGAUUCAGAGCUGGAGAAAAGUGUUUACUGGGACUACGCAUUGAUAGUGCCACUGAGCCAGAUUGUCUGCAUYCACUGCCAUCAGCAACCAGAAAGCAGAUGGACUUUAGUGCUGGUGAGUCAGGAUGGGACUCAGAGGCCUCCACUGCACUUYCCCCAAGGAGGGCACCUCCUGGCCUUCCUGUCGUGUCUGGAGAAUGGGCUCCUGCCCCGUGGCCAGCUGGAGCCCCCGCUGUGGUCCCAGCAGGGCAAGGGUAAGGUGUUUCCAAAACUUCGAAAACGGAACAGCAACAAAUCAGUGGACCUGGAGGAGAUGCCAGCUGAGGACACAUCCACGGACUAUGUGUUCAGAAUUAUUUAUCCUGGACACAAGCAUGAUAACAUAACUAUUAACUACCACCACUUAGCUGCCAGCCGCUCUACCUCUGUUGACGAUGAUGAGGAGGAGGAAGAUAAGCUACACGCAAUGCUAUCAAUGAUCUGCUCUCGGAACCUCACAGCUCCUAAUAGGAUGAAAGACACCAGUGAGAUGAUCGAGAUGCAAGGCUUUGGGGCAAACCUGCUGUCGUGGCAGCUGGAGCACUGCAGCCAGGGCUCCUCCUGUAUCUCCUGUUCCACGGGCAGCUCUCCCUAUGACAUUCCCAGCUGCUGCAACUGCAUCCACGACCGAACUCCACUAAAGAUGUUGUGUGAAAGCAUGAAGAGACAGAUCAUUUCCAGAGCCUUUUAUGGAUGGCUGGCACACUGUCGCCACCUCUCCACGGUGCGCACACACCUCUCGGCGCUGGUGAACCACAGCAUCGUGCCCCCCGACAGACCCGCCAGUGCCGCCGCCGGCCUCACCAAGGAGGUCUGGAGCAAGUACCAGAAGGACAAAAAGAACUACAAGGAACUGGAAUUACUGAGAAGAGUUUACUAUGGCGGGGUCCAGCAUGAGAUUCGGAAGGAAGUGUGGCCAUUCUUGUUAGGCCACUACAAAUUUGGCAUGGCCAAGAAGGAGAUGGACCAGGUAAGCCCAGCUUCCCUGGAAUCUGAGUUACAUUUGCAGAGUAGGUUUUGUUUUCUGAAUAGCAACUGUUGGUCUUUAUUACUGUUAAUAUUUGCAAGGGAAAAACACUCAUAUGUUUGGUUUUGCAUGUCCCAGGUGUUCAUAUCUGUAGAUGAAACAGAGUCAGCAGARCAGGAGCCCAAAGGGCAGGAGGACCCCACGCUGACAGCAGUGCUGGCCCCAGUGGCUGUGGAGUUUGAUUCACCCGACUCGGGGCUGCCAUCCUCCAGGAAUUACUCAGUGGCCUCRGGCAUCCUGUCCAGCAUUGACGACGGCCACAGCGGCUCCUUUGAGGAUGGGGCUGAGGAAGAAAGCAGCACUGAGGUGGGGAGGACUGAAGCAGGCACACCCCACGUGCAGAGAGCCCGSCCAGGGGUGCUGCAGUCUCAGGACUCUGUCUCAGAAGAGCAGCUCUGCUCCCAGGUGGAUUAUUUAAUGGAUGUUGCUUCUGUCUGCGCUGCGUCCUACACAAUAGAGUUAUUGGACACUGUUGCCUUAAAUUUGCACAGAAUUGAUAAAGAUGUCCAGAGAUGUGACCGGAAUUACUGGUAUUUUACUGCUGAGAACCUGGAGAAGCUCCGAAAUGUCAUGUGCAGCUAUGUCUGGGAGCACCUAGAAGUUGGUUAUGUCCAAGGGAUGUGUGACCUCCUGGCUCCUUUGAUGGUUAUUCUGGACAAUGAUCAGCUGGCCUACAGCUGCUUCAGCCACCUGAUGAAGAGRAUGAGCCAGAACUUCCCCAACGGAGGUGCCAUGGACACACACUUUGCCAACAUGAGGUCCCUCAUCCAGAUUCUGGACUCAGAGCUUUUUGAAUUGAUGCACCAGAAUGGAGAUUACACUCAUUUUUACUUCUGCUAUCGCUGGUUCCUGCUUGACUUUAAAAGAGAAUUGUUGUACGAGGAUGUAUUUACAGUGUGGGAAGUUAUUUGGGCAGCAAAGCACAUCUCUUCAGAACAUUUUGUCCUUUUCAUUGCCUUAGCACUUGUGGAAGUUUAUCGAGAGAUUAUCCGUGAUAACAACAUGGACUUCACUGAUAUCAUCAAGUUUUUUAAUGAAAUGGCUGAGCACCACGAUGCUGCAGAGAUCCUGAGGAUAGCCAGAGACCUUGUCUACAARGUGCAGACACUGAUUGAGAACAAGUGACCAUGGCCAGGCUGUCCUGGGGCCUCGCUGGGAGCUACUGGAUGGAGCAUUCCUUGCACUGUAAUUCCAGAUGGUGUUUUAAUUGCAUCUUCCAUAUCAUGUAAUAAAUAGUGAGGAGAUUGGAAACAGACUUUUAAAAUCCAAACUUUCCCUUCACGAGAUGAGGUUGGUGUUUGAUAGUCCUUGUUACACUCACUUUGUAUUUCCAAACAAAAUCUUUUUGCAUUCCCUAUUUCCCUCUCUAGAAGACAUCUGUCUACAUCUUUGUGAUGUUGAAAGGGGGGAUUUGACCUACUGGAACAUUUCUAUUUUGACUUACUGCACCUUUAAAGCCUGGAUGCACAUGSUGUGCUCUGCCAGAAGCUGCCAUGGAGGCAAGGCUGGGUUCACUGCUGCAAACGUUGGUUUUGGUCCUUGGAGGAGCACAGUCCUGGACUCACUGUCUUUGCCUUGAACAUCAAACAGAAUGUCUGAGCUUGUGUUGCUAAAACAUUUGUGUUUGUAUUUAGCAGCAAGUAAAGCUGAUAAGGUUCCUGGGUGGGAGAAUGGUCCUGACCCAAAUGCCACAGUUCAUGGGAGCGGUGAGAGCUGAGGAGCUAAACACCGGUUUGGCUUGGCUGACUGGCUCCUACUGCUCAGUCUACAUGGCCCACACACAGCUGCCCUUGUUUUGCUUUGCAGACAGAGCCUGUGACCAUUCUCAGCUGCCAGGACCUGCUCUGUGUUGUUCAGGUGAGCAGGUUCAGCCCACGGGCAGGGCCCUGUUCAUGCUGGCAGCUCCCUGUGCUGUGCAGAGCCAUGGAUUCACAUCCCAUGGUACAGAGCAGAUGGCAGUGCCUGCCCAGCCUCUCCACUCACUGCACACUGCUCCUCCUGCUCCUCGUGCUCUGCAGAGCUUUCCAGGGGGAAUCUCCCCAGGAUCCCACAAACACAAACCAGGAGCAGGAGAUCCGUGAGCAGGAUCAGCCCUUGYUGGUGAAGGAGCUGGAAUGGCAGAGGCUCUGAUGGCUGCUGCAGUCUGUGUCCUGUCCCUCCUGCUGGGCACACACUGGGGCACUCACAGCCACUCAUCCUCGUGCCCAGGGAGAGCUGGGACUGCAGGAGAACCGGGCUGAUGCCACCUCCUCUGCACUGCASCGUGUGGAACUGUCACCUGUGCUCCUCCUGCUGUCCCCAGCUCUGUGGUGUUAACUCAAAGUGKAUCUCUGGCUCAGCCAGAGGGAGGAAGCAGGUUCUUGCCCAUGGAGUCAGCUGCAGAUCUCWCAGAUACCUGUGACCAAUGCUCCUGGAAAACCAUGGGACUUAGCUUAGGCAUUUCAGGUAUUCUCAAGUGUUCCCGCCUUUGCCAACAUCAUAUUAUAAAAAAAAAAAAAAAAAGAUUAAUUUGAAUCUGAAUUUUUGUGAUUUUGCUUUUUUUUUGUUUUUUUAAUCCUUCAGAGCAGCCAGAGUUCCACAGCUGCAUUUCUGUGGAAUAAUUCUGUGGGGCCUGGAGAGGUCACCCAGUCCAAGCCUGUGCCAUGGGCAGAGACACCUUCCACCAGAUCAGGUUACUCAGUUUACAUGACUUAGAUCUGCUGACAGGAGUUUUUAAAAAUCASAUUUUAGUAAAAGGAGUGCAGGGAAUAAAAUGAUUGUUUGAUGAUUCAAAUACUGUUGGGCAGAAUUUCCUUUAGUAUCCUUGGUCUGGUGGUUGUCCAAGCUGUGGGCACCCUUGUGCUCUGUUUUAUGCYUGCAGCAAACUGAAAAUGGUAAAUAAAUCUGUAAAGGGAAAAAAUGGACCUCAGUGGCUGAGGACUCCUUUAGACUGGUCUAGCACAGCAUGAGGGGAAGGUGAAAAUCCCCACCCCAAAGGCUCCUCCAGGUGUCUCUGUCUGUUCACUUGAAAACUGAAAAAGUAUUUUUUAAAAGAAUGAGAAGAGUGAGAAAACCCUCCAACUCCCAGAGGCCAGGGAGUGAUGGAUGUACAGAUAAUACUGCACUAUUUUCCUUUGGUAUGUUGGGAAUGUUCUGUACAGCUGUUUCACACAAACCCAAUCUGUGAACUUUGCUGUAUUUGUUAGAACAUUCUGUCUGAUUGGAUUUUAUCAAUGUUGUGUAUUAUUUAUUUUUGUUGGGAGCAGACUAUUCUCUUUAUUGCUCAAUUAUUUAUGUUUAAAUGUAACUUAUGAAUAAAUACUUAUUGUCAAUGCAUCCGUGGAGCUCUUUCGGA